AUGUCUUUCCGAGUCACAAAAACACUCACCUCGAAUGAUGGCAAGAACGAAGAUGUUCCCUAUGGACCUUCAGUAUGGUACACAGACAAACACCUCUUCACCUACGGACACGAAUUGCAACUGCCAGAGGCCCGGCUUCAGAACUGGUACCCCUCAUCCUUUACAGACCCCAAGAAUCCAGGCAUCCGCUUUCAAACAAUGGAGCAUUACAUAAUGUGGAGCAAAGCCAUGUGCUUCAACGACAAGGAGACAGCGGCAAGGAUUCUCGAGGCAGCCACGCCAAGUGAAGCACAAGCACUUGGCCGUCAGGUCAAGAACUUCGAUGGCAUGAGAUGGCGGAAGAGCGUGUUUGAUGUUGCUGUGGAAGGAACUUGGCUCAAAUUCUCGCAAGUGUCUGAAUGCAAAGAGGCCUUGUUGGCGACAGGGGAUAGGAUCNUUGGGGAAAGUAACCCUGCAGAUAGGAAUUGGGGUAUCGGAUUCCGUGGAGACGAGGCUGCAGAGAACGAGAGUAAAUGGGGCACGAACUUGCUCGGCAAGGCGCAGAUGGAAGUCCGAGAGAGACUCAUGAAAGAAGAGAGGCAGUAA